CUCUCUUGCCCGCCCACCAGUUGAUUCCUGCUUACUCUUAUGUGGCGAUAAGAGCAGAGACGAAAACGGGAAAGAAGGCCUGUACAGCCCUUUUCUCUCAGGAUUUGGUCUUUUGCUGUUGCAGUUUCUGAUACUUCAGUUGCACUCCCCUAACAACUACCAUGCUCCACCUGUCUGCAGGGCGCGUAGGAAGCCUACUGGUCAAGCGCGCGACGGCGGCCUUGUCCACCAGCAGCGCGAGGAUGUCGAGCCACGGUCACGACGUGGCAGAGACUACGGACAUGUCUCGCCCGAUGUACUGGGACCGUGUGGACCUCCCUCUGCCUGACAGACCCUACAAAGAGGCGCACAGUGCUGCUGAGAAGAGCCUGAAACAGAAGGAGAAAGGACCCUGGGGCCAGCUGUCCAAAGAGGAGCAGCUCGCCUUGUAUCGGCUGGCGUUUCGUCAUACCUUCCCAGAGAUAAAGAAGCCAUCAGCGGAGUGGAAGACCGUCCUGGGGGGCAUCUUCAUCUUUCUGGGCUUCACUGGCCUGGUGGUCUGGUGGCAGAAAGUCUACGUCUACCCUAAAACCCCCAGGACCUUUGACGAGGAGUGGCAGGCCAAACAGUUAAAGCGGAUGUUGGACAUGAGGGUGAACCCCGUCGAGGGCUUCGCCGCCAAGUGGGACUAUGAGAAGAAACAGUGGAAGUAAAGAGACAGGUUGGACUGCGGCUGAGGUGGCUCACAGUUCGGACCCGUCACUCCGGAGCACGGCUUUGUUCCGCUCUGCGAAGCUGCUGCUGAGCUAAAACUGAAUUUGAAUGUUGCAUUAUAAAUGUUAAAACCACUAGAAAGACGGAGCUUAUCCACUGUCGGCAUCUCUGGGGUAAUUUUACUUUACUGUGCCACCUCUGGCCCUCAGUCAGCCGCCUCUGCCUCCAGCCGCUGCGACCUUCUGUCAGGGUGAUAACUGUGCCCGUCCAGGUGUAGCCGUAUGAUAAUAAAGUUUUGCUUGUGUCUCUG